GUUCAAAGCCACGUCUAAUCUAACACCCACACGUCACGAAUCUUUACUUGGUUGCAUGACCGUGUAGGUAGGUUCGUUAGCUGGACACAGUAGGCCUAGAGUUUGGCUACUUCUGUUGACAGUGUAGGCAGGUACAUUGGCUGCCUCUGUUACAGUACAGUGCAACAGAUUCGUUAGCUGGACACAUUUUAGAUUGGCUACCUCUGUUCACAGUGUUGAAAUUGAAGUUGCUACUUGUGGCAAAAAUUAAUCAAAAUAUGGCUACCUCUGAUCAAAUCAAUAACACCAACACAAUGAUAAAUAACGUGGAAAAACUAUUAGACAAUCUCGAAGGCAUUGAAGAGCUGCUUCUAAGUUUGAAAGACAAAUAUUUAGAAGAGGGUGGGGACAGUGGGGCCAGUGAUGACCAGUCCAAAGUCCUGAUGUUCCAAAAGUUCCAAGACGGGAUUGAGGCGGCCCAAAAUGUGGUCGGCAUACUGAAGGCGGAGAAAUGGCGGCUGAGCAGACGUCAGAUGAGCGUGGAACUGCGCAUGGGCGAACUGGAGGACUACAAGCUGCAUCUGAAGAAGGACAUGUCCUCACUGAACGAGACUGUGGAUGUCCUGAGCCUGAGGAUUGUGCAGCUGGAGAACCAACUGGUUGACGCCCAGGAGAGGAAUGAAGCCCUGGAGUGGGAGAGGAACGACUUCAAGAAACUUUACGAGGACUCGCUCAAGAAAUGCUCAGAAUACAACAAAAAGAUGUCCGACAUGGCGUCUCAGCUUCACAAGUCACGUGGUCCUUCAUACAGCCAAUCACAGCAGCCCAACUUUAGCGUGGAGAGUCUGCUCAAAGAAAACAAACAACUCAAGGCCCUGUUGGCCAUGAAACAAGAACCAGCAGACGACACAGCGUAUGAAACACGUUUGGCGAACCUGACCAAAGAUUUUCUAAACGUCAUUUCAAACCUGGAUUCACCCGAUCCCACCACGACACAAGAGAGUUAGGGUUUAGCCAGAGUUAGGAUUCAUCUGUCCGGUGUAGAGCCAGGAUUAAACUGGCCUAAGCUAGGGUUAAGAUUAGACGGGCAUGGGUUAGGGUCAGGAUGAAAACUGGCAUUGCCAGAAUCAGGGUCAGACUCGCCAAAUCCAGGCUUCAGGUUAAACUGACCCUAACUAUGAAUAGUGAAAUACGACGUUAAAAAUAGAGCUAAAGUUUAACACACAAACCCAGAGACACGAUUAGCGCUAAAAUUUUACACCACACUAUAGGCAAGAUUAGCGCUAAAGUUUAACACCCUACCCCAUAUAACAGACAAGAUUAGCGCUAAAGUUUAACACCCUACCCCAUAUAACAGACAAGAUUAGCGCUAAAGUUUAACACACUACCCCAUAUAACAGACAAGAUUAGCGCUAAAGUUUAACACCCUACCCCAUAUAACAGACAAGAUUAACACUAAAGUUUAACACACUAGCCCAUAUAACAGACAAGAUUAACACUAAAGUUUAACACACUACCCCAUAUAACAGACAAGAUUAACACUAAAGUUUAACACACUAGCCCAUAUAACAGACAAGAUUAACACUAAAGUUUAACACACUACCCCAUAUAACAGACAAGAUUAACACUAAAGUUUAACACACUACCCCAUAUAACAGACAAGUUUAACACUAAAGUUUAACACACUACCCCAUAUAACAUACAAGAUUAACACU